AGGAAGAACAAUGAGGUUAUAUCAGUGUACGUUCCAUCACACUUGACAUAUCUUUCUAACAAGAAUAAAAGAGCGGAUUGAGAUCGAAGAACCAGAUGCAACUGUACUGCGGCAGAGCAAAUCGAUCGGUAUGCCGGCGAACGAGCAGAAUGUGAUAUUUGCGCGGGUCGGUUCCGCUGUGUUUUAUGGAUUGUCAUCGUUCAUGAUCACGGUCGUGAAUAAAACGGUGCUGACUACAUUUGAAUUCCCGUCGUUUCAAAUGCUCGGCGUCGGGCAAAUGUUGGCUACGAUCGUGUUGCUGUUCGUCGCAAAGAAAUUGCAUUACGUCGAAUUUCCUAACCUAGAAGCGAAAACCUUUACGAAGAUAUGGCCAUUACCAAUUAUCUACAUCGGCAACAUGGUCUUUGGAUUAGGCGGAACCAAACAGCUCAGCCUCCCAAUGUUCACCGCGCUCAGACGAUUCAGUAUUUUGAUGACCAUGUUCGCCGAAUAUUAUAUCCUCGGAAUAAAGGCGCGCGUUUCCGUUCAGUUGAGCGUCUAUACGAUGAUUCUAGGAGCAGUGGUGGCGGCAUCGAACGAUCUCGCUUUUAAUUUGGAGGGAUAUCUCUUUAUACUGCUAAAUGAUUUCUUCACCGCGGCUAACGGCGUCUAUAUGAAGAAGAAGCUGGACUCGAAGGAGCUUGGAAAAUAUGGAUUGAUGUAUUAUAAUUCUUUGUUCAUGGUUGUUCCAGCAGUUACUAUUGCUUGUUGGAUGGGAGACGUGCGUUCCACUGUGGAAUUUCCACAUUGGGGCAAUGUUUUCUUUGUUGUACAAUUUGGGCUUUCGUGCGUGAUGGGCUUUGUGCUAUUUUAUAGCAUGAUUCUUUGCACCCUGCAUAACUCCGCCCUGACCACUACCAUAAUUGGGUGCUUGAAAAAUAUAUGCGUCACGUAUCUUGGAAUGAUGAUCGGCGGUGACUAUAUAUUUACAUGGCUCAAUUUCAUAGGACUGAAUUUAAGCGUAAUCGGUAGCUUGGUUUACACGUGGGUCACCUUCCGCAGAAAGGAGUCCAGCGAGCACAAAUACUCGCCUCUUUCCGAGGACCAAGUAGUCAAAGCACAGACUGUAUGAUCGCAUAUCGUGAGCUGUUGCACCAGGAACGUUAUCUCAUUCGCUCCCUUCUGUCACAAAGUUCCACGUAGUCAAUGAUCUCGUAGCUAUGUCGCGUUUUUAAUUUUUAAUCAUGGACGUAUUUGCGGUGAGUGAAUUUUCUUUUACCAUUCCUUUUCUAUCCUAUAGUUUUCACUCUUCCCGAUUGUUUGUUUCCUUGUGUCUCGUUGCGAGGGAAUAUUGCGAUAUUGUCCGGUGGAAGGAGACGUGUAAGGACGUAACAAUAAGAGACAACGAGUGUCAUACCAAAGUGAAUAUAUAUCGUUACCGGCUAGAAUGCGCUGUGCCAUAGCGUACCGGUUAGCGGUGAACGCGACCAUUCGCGAUGUAAAGCGUAAUUUGUACAUAUAUACAUACUCGUACACUUAAAAGACGCAGUGUCGUCAUUGUGCGGCAAUGUGUAC